UACUCUCAAAAAUUGAGAUACGGCACCGGCUGCGAAAGUCAGCUCGUUAGCUGACUCUGGGCUUAAUCUUGGCUUUCUGCUGUGUGUACAGACGUUGCAGACAUGCAACGGUAGCAUAAGAACAAUUUGCUGCAAAGGACCGGUCUUGUGCACGGGGAACCAUGCCUCCAAAGGCGAUGUCCCUCGCUUACGCGGGGCGUAAGCUUACGGGGCCGCCGGAGGGGUAUGGCAAGAAAAAGGAGCGACAGGUUAAGGAAUGGAUUACGGACCUGCCUCCGCUGGAGGAGGCUGAGCUGGUGGAGGUCGCCUCCGUCGCCACUCUCAGCGAGCUUGAUGGCUCCAAGGAGGACCUGUACCGCAGCCUCCGUGACAGCACGGACGGCUACGGACCGCCCACGGCGCCUCGCGUGGACAUGCGGGGGCCGGGAGGCUACCCAGCAGUGCCGCCUCGCGCCACGGUGGGCCCUGCCGGGCAGCGGGCAGGUGCCACGGGGCCAGUGGCGGGCGGCGUCCGUGGAAGCGCGGCCAUGCAGCCUGGAGCCGCAGGAGCAGCUGCUGGUGCGGCCCAGCGACCUACCGGAACCACCGCAGCAGCUGCUGCAGCAGGUGCCGCUGGAGCAACAGGGGCAGGAGCUGGCGCGGCCGGCGGCAUGGGAGCCGCAGCGGGGGCUACGGGGGCGGCGGGGGCAGGAGCAGCGGGGGCAGGGCGGGGCGGGCCUGUGGCUCCUGGCACGGGAGCAGGCCCCGUGGAGCUCCGUCCGCCACAGCCGGCUCCAGAGGGGGCUGGUCCGGUCAGGCCGAGCACAGCCACCGGUGUUGGUGCAGGCGGGUUGGCGGCAGGUGCCGGUGCAGCCGCAGGAGGCGGUAGCGCCCCCCGGCCGGGAACCGCGGGACAGGCGGGUCCCGCCACGGCAGUCUUGGGUGGCAGCGGAGGCCUGAUGCCGCCUGGCCGCCAGCAAUCUCUGCCCCUUAGCGGACCUUCAGCCUCUUCCUCCUCGCAGCCUGGCGCAGUCACUCUGGGCUUCGGCCGCAGCGCAGCCGCAGCCGCGGCGGGCGUGUCGGGCUCGGCAGGCUGGCCUGCGGGCUUUGCAGACGCUGGGGGCAGCGGCUCUGGUGCCGCUCCGCUAGAGUUGCCGCCGGCCCCUCUAGGUGGCGCGGGUGGCAGCGGCGACCGGGACCGGGAUUUGGCCGUGGCGGCGGAGCUGGUGCUAGCACGUGUUGAGGCAACCAUAUCGGACGGCUUGCCGCCUGAGGAAAAGUACCGGAGGGCUCUGCUGAUGGCGCUGGAGGAGCAGCAGCGCUACCAAGCGGAAGUCCGCGGCGAGCUGGCGGCGGCGCGCGCCGUGGCGGCGGAGGCGCGCGCGGAGGCGGUGUCGCGGGCGGCGGAUGCGCAGGCGUCAGCGGCACGCGCGACUGAGGCGGAGUCCGAGCUGGGCCGGGCGCGGGCGGAGGCGCUCACUUAUAAGCAAGAGGUGCAGAGAUACCAGAUCGAGGCGGAGGAGGCGCGAGAGGAGCGAGGCGAGCAGCUGGCGCGGGCGCAGGCGGAGCUGUCCGCCGCUGUGGCGCAGCUGAAGGACCAGUCCACACGAGCCAACCAGGCAAUGGAGUCAUCCGCAACGGAGGCCGCCGCUGCGCGCGCCGCCGCGACCUCACUCACACGCGAGCUGGCGCUGCUGCGGCGGCAGUGGGAGCUGGACAAGGUGCGCCUGGAGGCGGCGCUGGCGGGGCUGCAGGCGGACGUCGCAGCGGAGCGCGGCGCGGCGGCGGCGGCGCGGGCGGAGAGGGACAGGCUGGCGGCGGCCCUGCAGGCGGAGGCAGCGGCGCGGAAGGCGGCGGAGGACUCAGAGCGCAAGGCGCUGCGGUCCGCGGCCAAGCAGGUGGAGACGCAAGAAGCGAUGCAGUCCGCAGCCGCAGCGGCGCAAGCGGCGCGGCAGCGUGUGGCGACUGCGGCGCAGCGGGCUGCCCUGGUGCGCGUGGCGGACCCGGCGGCGGCAGCCGUGGAGGCAGCGGCAGCUGGCGAGGGGGUUGGCGGCCGGGCAGCUGUGACUCCUCGCAGCGGCGUGUCCGGGUCGCCGCGCUCGCCCCCAGUGGCUCCCGGUGCUCGUUCAGCAGCGCCACCAGCCUCAGGCGCAGGCGGCUCGCCCGGUCUGGCUGGCGAGAUGGACGUGGACGGCGCCGCGGCGGCACGCGCCGACGGGCACCGCCACCUGGCUCGCGGCCUGGCGGCUGACCGGCGGCAGCUGGGGGAGCUGGUGGUGGCGCACAAGAGGGCGGCGGCGGCGGCCGAGCUGGCAGAUGCCAAGGCUGUAGAGGCGGCGCUGGCGGCGGCGCCCGAGCCGCUCCGGGCACUGGGGCUGGCGUUCCGGGCGUACCUGGUGGGGCCGCCGGGCGGCGAGGCGGCGGCGGCGCCACCAGGCAGCAAGAAGGCGGGAGGCGCAGCUGCAGGCGCUGGUGGCGGCGGCGGCGUGCUGGGCCUGGCGGGCAAGCUGGGCUCGGCGGGGUACCGCGUGUACAUUGACCCGCUCACAUCUCAGUCUGGCUCCGAGCCGCUGUACGAACUGCCUGCCACGCCGCUGGUGGGCGUGAGCGCGGCGGUGGUGGUGGCCGCGGCGCCGGGGCUACUGCAGCGCCCGCUAGCUAGGGCGGAGCUGUCUGCGGCGUGGCGUCACGGCUGCCCGGUGGUGGUGCUGGCGCCGCCGGGCCUGGCGCUGGAGGCACUGGCGGCGGGCGAGGAACCGCCACUGGUGCCGGCCGCCGCUGACCUGGCAGCGCAGCAGAAGGAGCAGGCCUUUGCGGCGCUCCGGGACGCAUGGCCGCUGCGCAUUGAACUGGCGGCGGCGCCCGACUCUCCUGCUGCCGUGGCCGCCGUGGCCGCGCGGCUGGGGCUCACAGACCCACAACUGGCGCUGUUGCCACCCGACGCCCUCAAGCCCCUGUCCGUGUCCAAGUCAAGAGCCAUCCCAGACCUCGUGUUCCUAAACGCACCCAGCACCAGCUCCUCCGGCGCAGCUGCCGGAGGCGGCGGCGGCGGUGCUGCGGCCGGCGGUGUCGCCUUCGGCUCGGGCUUGGGUAUGGCGCCUGCGGCCGGCAGUGGCGUGGCAGCGGCGGCGGGGCUGCAGCACCUGAAGCUCAGCUUCCUGCCGCCGCCGGGCUCGGCGCCGGGCUCAGCGGGCCCGGCUGCGGGUCCGCUGGUGGAGCUGCUGUGCGGGGUGCUCAAGGGCAACAGCAGCCUGACGGCACUCACGCUGCGAGGCUGCCCGGCUGCCGCCGCCCGCGCCAUCACCGAGGCAGUGCUAGCCUCGCCCGUGUGCCGUGUGGCCAACAUCACCAUCUCCUCGCGCAUUCCUGUCGCCGACCUGGCCGGCCGCUGGCUCGGCCCCGGUCAGCCGCCGCCGCCGACCGUCAUCGACUUGGCAAGCGGUGGCGGUGGCGGGCCAGGCGCCGGCCGAGGCGGCGGAGCCGCUGCAAUGGAGGUGCCACUAACGGACGAGGAUGCUGAGGUGGUGGCGGCAGCGCUGCGUGCGCGCGUGGCGGCGGAGGCCGCAGCCGGCGAGGCGGCAGCGCCGCCGCUGUCGUCGCUGACGCUACCAGCGUCGUGCAAUGACCGGCUGGGGCGGGCGGCGGUGGAGGGGCUGGUGGAGGCGAUGGCGGCGCUGCCAGGGCUGCAGCGACUCAAUGGCGUGCCGCUCGCGGCUGUGGUGUCGGCCGCUGUCGGCACCAAGACCAGCAGUGGGCCAGGCACAGGACCCUCCGCUUCCUCUGCGGGAACAGGCACGGGCGGUGGAGGUGUCCUGGACCUGAGCGGGUCCGGCUGCGGCCCGGUGGCCCUGGCACUGCUGCUGCGACGGCUACAGCAGCAGCAGCCAUCUGCGCUGACCUCGCUCCGCGCCAUCAACCUGACCGGCUGUGAGGUCGGCCCCGUGGGGGCUGCCUACCUGGCCGGGGCGGCGGCGGCCGCGGGCGGCGGCGGCGGCAUGCCCGCGCUGGAGACGGCGUGCCUGGCGGACAACGGCCUGGGGCCCGAGGGCGCGGAGGCAGUGCUGUGCGCCAUCACUGGCGCAGCGCCCGGCGGCAAGGGCAUGGCCGCCGGCACGGGAGCACGAGUCGGCGGCGGUGCCUGCGGUGUGCUGGACCUGUCCCUCAACUCGCUGGGUGACGCCGGCUGCAAGGCGGUGGCCCGGCACCUGCCAGCGCUGGGCGGCUCGCUGGGCGUCCUGGCGCUGUCACACAACAGCAUCGGCACCGACGGCGCCCGGGCGCUGGCGGCGGCGCUGCCCACGUGUGCUGGCCUGGAGGAACUGCUGCUUGGCGGCAACCAGCUCGGCGACCAGGCCGUGCGCGAGCUGGCGGCAGCCAUAUCCUCCUCCACCGCUGCCGCCACGGCACCGGGUGGCAGCAGCGGCGGCCUGCAGCUCCUGGCGGUGCUGCACCUGCACGACAACCCCCGCCUGGCGGCUGACGGCGUGGCGGGCCUGGCGGCGGCGCUGCCCGGGCUGCCGUCACUCACAGAGCUGGCGCUGGGGCGCUGCCACGCCGGCAACGAGGGCGCACGGCACCUGUCCAAGGCGCUGCCGUCGCAUCCCUCGCUCCAGGUGUUGGACCUGGAGGGAUGCAAGAUACGUGCGGAGGGCGGCGCCCACCUCGCAGCCGCACUGGCAGCCAUGAACGGCAGCCCUGCAGCCGCAGCCGCAGGCGGUGGAGGUGGAGCCGCAGCCGGGGCCCUGACGCGCCUGAACCUGGCUCGCAACCAGCUUGGCGACCGGGGUGCGGCGGCGCUGGCUGAGGCGCUGGGCCGCAACCGCAGCCUGGUGUCCCUGGACCUGCGGGCCAAUGGGCUGGGGCUGGUGGGCUGCCGGCAGCUGGCGGGCGCGCUGCGGGAGCGCAACGCCACGCUGCGGUCGCUGGCGGUGGGCGGCAACGAGGCAGACGACCCCGUGAUCGAGACGCUGGAAGAAUUGGCGGCAACACAGCGGCACGUCACACGGCCCCCACCGCCGCCACCUCAGCCCGAGCCGUCACGUACGGGGCCAGCUACUCGAUCCCCAGCGCCCGGUGCACGCCCGGCCUCUGCCUCCACCGCCGCUGCUGUCGGAGCCGCUGCAUCUCCCAAGCCAGCGCGCAGCCCUGCGCCUAUGCCCUCAGCCGCGGCAGCGCUGGGCCUCUCGCCUCAGCCCAGGACGGGCCGGCCAAUGAGCGGCCAGGGGCGCGAGCGGGCCCGGCCAGCGGCGGCUGGAGGGGCGGGGACUGGGUAUGCAGCAGGUGCCGCCGGAGGGGCGGCUGCCGCGAUGGAGGCUGCACGUGCCAUGGAGGCUGCAGCGGCGCUGGAGGCUGCGGCGGCGGGGUCGGCGGGUCUGCUGGGCAGCAGGAGCGAUGGACGGAGCGGCCUGGGUGAGGACGAGGAGGACAUUCGGGAGCUGCUGGCGAGGUACCGCAGCGGGCCGGAGCCGCCCGGGCUAUCGGCGGCAGCGGCGGCGAAUGCGGCGGGCGUGCGGGGCAGCUUGAUAGACCUGGGUUACACGGGCAUGUGAGAUGCCACGGCGCAUUGUUGGGGCAUUGCUUCCUUGGAACGGCUGAGCUGUUAACUGUGAUCGUACAGCAAGGAGCAUCAGGCGUGCGUGCGUGGAGAGGCAUGCGGGUUUGGUAGCACUUGCUG